UGCCAACAGUCUGUACAUGUUGAUAGACAAACCGUCAGCCUUUGAAAUGACGACUCCAAGAAGUUUGCUUAUGUACAUCAGUUUGAUCAUUAUUGGUUUUGGGGCAUCGAUUGAAGCAUUUCUGAAUAGAUGCGAAAAAGGAUGGGUUCCAUUUGGAAGGAACUGCUAUAAAUUCUCAUCAUCGACAGCGACAUUCAAAGAUGCUAUGGUAAUAUGUAACAACUAUGGGGCAAUACUUCUGGAAUCGGAAAGCAAAUGGGAGGAAAGCUGGCUGGAUUUACACAGUCGUGUCAGAGGUAAAGCUACACAUGUCUGGCUUGGAGUGAGUGACAUUCAACGAGAAGGGCAAUUUGUGACCUUAUCUGAUGCACGGAAACCUCGCUAUAGCAACUGGUUAAAAGGAGAACCUAACAAUGUCAACAACGAAGACUGUCUCCUUUAUGGAAUUGGGAGGGGAGGAUGGAAUGAUGGAAAUUGUGAAAGUAAAGUAAACUAUGUUUGUAAAAAAUGAAAAUAAAAAAUGUGUAGAUGAAUAGUUACUGUUCCUCUUAUUUAUGAUAAAGACAAAUGUGCAUAAUUAAAAUAAUAUCGAUUCUGUUUGUCAUAGAUGGGUGGGUGAACACUCUUGCAAUAAUAAUAUUAGCGAUUGAGAUGACAGAGUUUAAAUUGUUUUAUAGUAUGUACAGUAGUCAGAUAUGUUUUAACUUUAACUGUAUUCAAUGAAAACAUCCAUUCACCUACAAAUAUAAAUAAUCAACCCCAAAAA